AUGGCGCGCAAAAAUGCCAAAAACCUCAAGUCCUCGAGUCCCUCUACGACAAAAGAGGUGGUCAAUCAGGACAAGAGGAAGCAGGAAACAACCAAGAACGAAGAGGAGGAGGUUUUUUCUGCCCCUGCUUCAGGCGUCUAUGGCUGGGUCGUGAAGCUGUUGGCUGUGGUGGCAGCGCUGGCGGUGACCUACUACCUCCGUGAACUGGAUGGGGAGACGGUCCGUGUUGCCCGUUAUAUCGCCUGCAAGGAAGCGACGGACCAUUUGCGGCUCAACGUCUCGUGUGCUUCGACGCUGGACCCCGAGCAGUUCGUGCUGGGGUGUCACCUGCCGAGCGGCACCAUGUGCGGUCGCGUGGUGAUGGACAACUUUGUCAAGCCCGAGCAGGUGACGCAGCUGCGGGAGAUUGCCGAGAUUGGGAUGGAGAGCCGCUCAAAGAUUGGUGGGCCCACGAUCAUGGACAUCAACACGGGCUUUGUCCGCAACAGUGAAGGACUCGUGAACAUUUAUCAGCCGGAGAGGAGGAUCCCGAACGAGGACAAGCCGGGCAUUAAGCGCUUCACCACGAAGCAGUUCAACCUGUAUCGCUCUGUUGUUCAGAAGAUUCGUCGAGCAGUGAUGAAGGAAUUUGGUCUCGAAGAGUUGUAUUUUUCGGCUCCUACGUUUAUGGCUCGUUUGAUUGGCAACGACUCGUGGACGCCUGCUGAGAUUCACGACGAGUACUGGCACCCGCACGUGGAUAAGGAAAACACGAGGCACUAUGACUACUCGAGUCUGCUGUACCUCUCGGACUUUGACGAGGAGUUUACCGGUGGACUCUUCUCGUUCAUUGACGAGGACACGGAAACUGUUAUUGAGCCCGCUCGUGGUCGCCUCUUGAUGUUCACGGCUGGCUCUGAAAAUCUGCACGUCGUGCGCAAGGUGAGGACGGGCACGCGCUAUGCGAUGAGCAUUUGGUUCUCGUGCGAUGAGAACAAGGAGUUCAAAAACUUUCUGGACGGAACGAUGCACACGCGCUUCAGACGCACAUAG